GUUAAACUCGAUAUAUCGUAGCCUAAAUAACCAGUCAACAAUUUGCGAAUUCUCAUGUGAUUUUCCUUAAUCGGGAUGUCCUCAACAAUUCUAUUAUGAGCAUCACAAUUAGUCACUUUAAUUCCUAUAGCUAUCUAUCAUUGUAUGAGGAAUGUUCUCCAUGACAUUCCAACGAAAGAGACAAUCAAUCAAUCAAUGCACUCUGUUAUUAGCACUUAAAACUAUAAAAUUAGGGGGAAAUCAAAGAAAAAUUAACAUAAAGAAAUAUAUCGCAUUCAUUCUAUAUCAUAUAACAUAGUGAAUGUUCAUCUUAUCGAAAUAGAAAACAAGUUUAUUUCAUGAUGGAUGGAGGAAUGAAAAUACAAAGAAGAGACUAUCUCAAUUGUAGAAAGUGAGUUUACGACCAUAAGUAACCCCACGACCAUGGGCAUCUAUAAAAUUAAGUUGACUUCAUGAAAAUCAAUACCUCUGCACCACCACGGUCCACGGAUAGUAACAAGGUCAUGCCCGACCAUGAACACCCCCUGAUCCAUACAAUGGGAUGCGUCUAUUUAUCUAUCUCUUGACUUGCAAACAUGUUCAAAUAUAACCUAUCAAAAGUCUCAUUGUUGGCGACUAACUUCAUACCUGUGAGUUGGGUUUGAUGGGUUUGAGAAGGUCCCUCCUAAUCCUGCACACUACCUCCCGCUUGAUAAAACAACACACAUGCUUGAUGGUCCAACCUUUCAUGGAGGUUUUCCAUGGCAGCGAGCUUGCCCAUUCGGAUAGUUGGCUGUUGACCUCUUCUUCUUGCUCACCAUCUCUUAAGUCCUUAGGCCCAUCUCUGGUCAGAGUGUCGUUAAUUCCACCACCAACUCCCAUUCACCCGUAAUAAACACCUUCCUUCCUUGCCUCCUCACUCCUCUCAGUCUCCUCCCACUAUGAAGUUCAGACUUAAAAACCCCCAACUUCCCUCCCGGCCCUGCCAUGUCCCAUUUCCACAGAAAACAGAGAGAAAACAGAGCACUGCAAAACAGAGCAGUGCCCUCUUAAUUUCAGAUCCCAUUCUCCUUUCUUCCUGUUGUUGUUCUUCCUCUUCUUCUCAAGACAAUGGCGAACGAAUUUGAAGUGACAAUCACAUCCAGAGAAAUCGUCAAGCCAUCUUCCCCUUCAAUCCAUCUCCAAGAACCCUACCUCCUCUCCUGCUUCGACCAGCUGGUUCCAUCCACCUACAUUCCCCUCAUCAUCUUCCAUUCCUUAGCCAACGCCAAUUUCGACAUCUACCAAGUCCUCGACCACGCCAAAUCAUGCCUCGCCGACACAUUAGCCGUCUUCUACCCUAUAUCCGGCAGGAUCCAGCAGAACUCAAUCGUCCACCGCUUCGACGCCGGCGUGCCCUUCUUAGUCGCUCGAGUCACUUCCACUCUGUCCCGCUUCCUCGAAUCCCACCAGCACAAUGGCAGCAACCUCAACAAGCUCCUCCCCUGCCGCCCAUUCUCUCAAGAGCCCGCUUCCCCUGAAGGAAUCCCUCUCAUGACAUUUCAGAUGAACAUCUUCGCCUGCGGUGGGAUCGCCCUGGGAUGUGGACUCUGCCACAAGAUCGGCGAUUCGGCAACUGGGCUGGCCUUCGCCAGAACCUGGGCCGCUUUCUUCAGCGGCUCCAGAAGAAGAAUUUCCCGCCCGGAUUUCAUCUCUGCAGCUUCCUUGUUCCCGCCCAGAUCCCCAAUGCCGCCGCAGUACGUAUCCGUGAUCGAGAAAAUGUGGUUCAGGGACUACAAUUUCACCACCAGGAGGUUCUUCUUCAGCCCGGAAUCCAUCGCCUCGCUCCGGCACCUGGCUCGAGGCGGAACCGACGCCGCCUCGACGCUGCUGCCAACCAGCGUCGAGGCGGUGUCGGGUUUCCUCUGGAAAUGCUUCAUUUCCGCGUCGAGGGCGGUCUCGUCGACGACGAGGCCGUCGAUGCUGGGGCUGGAAGUGAACCUGAGGAAGAGGACGAGCUCCCGAACGCUCGAACGAGCGUUCGGGAACUUGUUUUGGCCCGCGACCGCGGUCGUGAUGCCCGAACAGGGCACUCUGCCCCUGGAGGAGCUGGUGAAGCUGAUUAGCGACGCGGUGGCCGGUUUCGACGAGGAGUACGUGAAGAGCCUGCAAGGGGAAGAAGGGUUUCAGAACAUUGCCAGGAGUUUGGAUGCUUUGCAGGAGAUGCUGGAGAUGGAGCCCGAUGUGCUGGAGAUUGGGAGCGUCUGCAAUCUGGGUCUGGAUCAAAUGGAUUUCGGGGCAGGGGACCCCGGUAUGGUCACCAUUGGAGAUGUGAGAGCUAAGUUCAGCAAUUUCGUGAUCUUGGCUGAAGCCAGGCUCGGGAAAGGGAUCGAGGCGUGGAUGAUUAUAGAGGAGAAGAGGAUGGGGUUCAUGGAGCAGGAUCGGGAGUUCUUGAAGUAUGCUGUUCCAAUCACUAGCCUCAAGAUGUCCAAAUUGUGAUUUUUGUUGUGGUUUGAUUUGUGAUUAUUUGAUUAAAAUCCUUUGGUUUCCUUUGCAUGGUUAUGGCUUAAUAAUGUAAGAUCUUACAUUGAUUAUUGUUUGUUUGUGUUUCUGAUUUUGAUGGGAGUUGAAUUUAUGAAUGAAUGAAUGAUUUCUCUUUCUUUCGUUUUCGUCGCACGAUUUUUAGAACCGACAAUGUCCAUCUCAACUCAAGAACUUGGGUGGUAGGUUCUAUUAAGUUGUUGCAUGUGAAGACCAUAUGGGCACUUGAAAUAGUUGAUCCAUGAAAUAGUGUUGUAUGGGUGGUGAGUAGUUAGGGCAGAUAUAAAUCUAAGGAUGAUGCUUGUUCUUAAUACUCCCUGCAAGUUGGAGGCAAGGUGGCCCUACAACUUAGAACAUAAUAAUAGCCCAAAAUGGUGAAAGGGAAGUGACUUUGGGAGUGUUGUCAUCAAUGUGAUCUUCUUAUAGAUGCACGAAACCCUAAGAUUAUACAUUUUCGAAUAAAGUAAGGUACGUGAUUGAUAUUGUUCCAUCAAAGAAAUUGAGUACCGCAAAGGUGAAGACCUAAUUUUUCGAAGAUGAGAAACCAAGACAGGAUCUCUAAGGCUGUGAUUGUAACGAAUUAGUAUUCACCCAGAUUGUAACCCCCGAAGAUGUCAUAUGAAGUUCUCUUGUGGUCCUCAUAUUUAUAUUGGCCAUGUAAUACCUUUGAAUUUGAAUUUAAGACGACCUGAAUCAUUACCAUAUUGUGAACCCAAAGGUUCUCGGGCUCAUGCUAUAUUUUUCAAAAUGUUGUGAAUUCAUAUCUUUGAGAAGAUUCAACAUCAUUAUCAUAUUGUGAACCCCAAGCUUCCAAGUCUUAACUCAAUCACUUAUUCAAUUUCCACAUACGCAUCAACCAUAUUGAUUCUAUGAUUUGUUUUUAAAACAUGAAACAUUACAUAAAUAUUUUCGCCAUAGUUGAGAGUGAAUUCGGUGUGUAAGAUGUUACCGCCCAUUAUAUUGGCACCUAAUAGGUAAAAAAAUUUCAUGCGAAAAUCAAAAUUACUUUUAGGUUCCUUCCUAAAAGGCAUCGUACUUAUGGAGUUAGGUGGGGACUUAUAUACAAAGGUCAUUUUUCAUGUAUAACGAUGUGAAACCUGGGUACAUUAAGCAUCCUCUCCUUAAGACAACGACCAUGAAGUCUGUGCCCUCACGCCAGGGAUUAUCUUGAUCCACCACACACAUUAUAUCGAUAUUCGAUAGACUCUUCAACACAAGGAUUUACCAAAAACAAAUCUUCGUUGAUCCGUCAGACAGAUGCGGAUCUCAAAUAUUGAGGUCAUAGAAUGAGGGUCGACCAAUUUAACGUAUUCUACCCCAAAGUCGAAUCAAGCUCUGCCACUUGUUGAGGCCACAUACUUCAUUAGUACUAUAUUGUCCGAUUUUUGCAUAAUCCACCUGAAUUUUUUGUUUCUUCUCCAAAGACCUCAUAAUAAUGGAGUUUUGUGGAAACUUAUAUACAAUAAUUUUUUCCUCGCAUUUCCGUUGUGUUACUUUUAGAUUCUACAUAUGUGUUUCUUUUCUUCUUUCAAAUAAACGACUUCAAGGAUAGGUUUUAUUUAGUUAUUUAUUUAUUUCCUAACGAAGAAGACAAAACGUGAGGGUAAAUGUGAAAGCCCGUAGGUUAUAUGGGUACCAAAUUAUACCAACAAUCAAAAUGUUAAUGUGAAAGCGUUGCCAAUAGAUUAAACCAAAGUAGGACCUUCCGAAACUCAUGGGAAAUUACGAAAAAGAGACGUGCAAACUUGUUUGUGGCUUCGGAAUCACGUUCACAUGCAAAUGCAAAGAAAAUAUGAUAAAUAAUCCGGUGAAUAAGCUUUAGGCCUAAAA